CCUGGACCAUCGGCCCCUUGUUCAGGCUAUGGCCCCCAGUGUCUUGUAGACCUGGCGGGAUCUCCACGCUUGCGACCCCUCUCUUGGGGUCUGUUUGGCUACUGGAGGGCCCUGCAGAGAGCCAGAGAAAGCAGGACCAUGGCAUCAGGGGCCUCUGAUCCUCCCCAAAAACGCAACGUGACAGCAGGCAUCAUCAUUGUGGGAGAUGAAAUACUCAAGGGACACACACAGGACACCAACACCUACUUUCUGUGCCGGACUCUGCGCUCUCUGGGGGUCCAGGUGUGCCGUGUCUCCGUGGUGCCUGACGAAGUGUCUACCAUUGCAGCCGAGGUGGCUGCCUUCUCCAGCCGCUUCACCCAUGUGCUCACCGCAGGAGGCAUCGGCCCCACUCAUGACGACCUGACGUUUGAAGCGGUCGCCCAGGCCUUUGGAGAGGAGCUCAAGCCACAUCCUGAGCUGGAAACUGCCAUCAGGGCUCUGGGUGGACAGGGCUGGGAGAAGAUGUCACGGGUCCCCUCCUCUGCCUGCCUGCACUACGGUACUGACCCGCACACAGGUCACCCCUUCCGCUUCCCACUGGUCUCUGUGCGGAAUGUCUAUCUCUUCCCCGGCAUCCCCGAGCUGCUGCGUCGUGUGCUGGAGGGCCUGAAGGGACUCUUCCAGAACACAUCCGUACAGUUCCACCUGCGUGAGCUCUACGUGGCUGCCAACGAGGCCUCCAUCGCCCCCAUACUGGCAGAGGCUCAGACGCACUUUGGACGUAGGCUAGGCCUGGGCUCCUACCCUGACUGGGCCAACAACUACUACCAGGUGAAGCUGACGCUGGACUCGGAGGAAGAAGGACCUUUGGAAGAGUGCCUAGCCUACCUGCGUGCCCGGCUGCCCCCUGACUCACUGGUGCCCUACGUGCCCCACGCAGUGGAGCAGGCCAGUGAAGCUGUCUACAAACUCACCAAAUCAGGGUCUCCUCUUGGGAACAAGGUGGCAGGGGCCCUGCAGACCAUCGAGGAGGCCCUGACUCGAUACAAGCUCAGCCAGCUCUGUGUAGGCUUCAACGGAGGCAAGGACUGCACUGCUCUCCUGCACCUCGUCCAUGCUAUGGUCCAGAGGAAGUACCCCAAUACUCAAGAGCGCCUCCAGAUCCUGCACAUCCGCAGCGUCUCGCCCUUCCCUGAGCUGGAGCAGUUCCUGAGGGACACCAUCAAGAGAUAUCACCUACAGGUGCUGGAAGCUGAAGGUGACAUGAAGCAGGCCCUGCGUGAGUUACAGGAGCAGCACCCCCAGCUGGAGGCAGUGCUUAUGGGUACACGGCGCACAGAUCCCUACUCCCGCAGCCUCUGUGCCUUCAGCCCCACCGACCCGGGCUGGCCCACUUUCAUGCGCAUCAACCCACUGCUGGACUGGACCUACAGGGACAUCUGGGACUUCCUGCGACAACUCUUCAUCCCCUACUGUAUCCUAUAUGACCGAGGGUAUACAUCACUAGGGAGCCGGGAGAAUACCACACGGAACCCAGCCCUGAAGAGCCUGAGUCCCGGGGGACAGCCCACAUAUCGCCCAGCCUACCUCCUGGAAAACGAGGAUGAGGAACGCAACUCCCGAAUGUGACCUGUGUGCAGUGGAAGGAGGGGUUGUCCUGGCAAUAAACGCCCUCCCUUGCUCGUA